AAUUAUUAAGCUUUUGCGGUAUUGUUUGAAUAGGUGCUGCACUGGAUUCGGACAGUGUGUUCGCUGGUAAAACAAUGGGAGGUGGUGGGAGGCGGCAGUUUCGUUGUUUUUUGUGUCUUUGGUUGAGUGUUGUAUUGUACUCGCAAGCAAAUUGCGUGAGUGACUUCGGUACCCGAAACUUCCUAUCCGAAAUUAACUAAUACUGAAUGCCGGCGUUGACAGUACCUGAAACCUGACAUGCGAUACUUAAGUGUGUGUGUGUGUGGGUGUGUUUUUGGGAAGUUGGGCACUAAAUCUAGCGAUGUAGUUUGUGAGCUGAUGGUUGUGUGAGGGAUGUGAGGAAUUUGGGGGCGGAGUGUGUGAGUGAAUGAGGAGGUUUCGGUGAGUUGUGAGGAGGUGUGGAUGAAGGAUUUUGGUAAGAAGCGGGUGGAUUUGGAGGAGAUCAGAGAGCGAUGGCUGGCUGUUUUUGGAACUGGGGUGCGUGCUUGCUGGCGAUUUCGAGCUUGACGACCUGCAUUAGCGGGGCGAGAGGAGAAUCCUUGCAACUUGGCGGAAUUGAAGCUGGGUGCCGUCAAAAUGUUCUCCUCCGAAGCGAUUUUCCAGACGGUUUUCUGUUCGGAGCCUCCAGUUCUGCAUUUCAGGUUGAGGGAGCCGUAGCAGAGGGAGGACGAGGUCCCAGUGUGUGGGACACUAUGAGCCAUACACCAGGAAUGAUUGCCGACAACUCCACAGGGGAUGAGGUUUCCGAUCAGUAUCACCAUUACUUGGAGGACGUGGAGCUCAUGGCUGACAUGGGUUUAGAUGCUUACCGUUUCUCCAUAUCGUGGUCAAGAAUAUUUCCAGGAGGAAGAGUGAGAGUGAGUCCUGAGGGUGUGGCCUACUACAACCGCUUAAUUGAUGCUCUUCUAGCCCGAGGAAUACAACCAUGGGUAACGCUUUACCAUUUUGAUUUGCCUCAAGCACUUCAAGACACGCUUGGCGGCUGGUUAAACCCUGAAAUUGUGUCUCCCUUCGCAGAGUAUGCGGAGCUGUGCUUCACGGCGUUUGGUGACCGCGUCAAGCACUGGGUCACAUUCAACGAGAUUCACCACGUUGCAUUUGUAUUCCCUAACGUGGGCUGCCGCUCUACGUCUGGGGUGUGUGGUGAUGUUAACAGUCAGUCUUACAUCAUUGGACACCACAUGAUUCUGUCACAUGCCAAAGCCGUGAAUAUCUAUCGCACCAAAUUUCAGAAGCGUCAUCUGGGCUCCAUUGGAAUCAUAAUCGACGUCCAAUGGUACGAGCCCAUCUCUGAUUUACAAGAGGACAUUGACGCAGCAGAGCGGAUGAUGACUUUUCAAAUGGAGUGGAUCAUGGACCCAGUUGUGCACGGAUGUUACCCUGCACUUAUGCGCGACCUAAUUCAGGAUCGUCUUCCAAGCUUCACCGAAGACGAGGCCACAGCCUUGAAAGGCUCUUUUGACUUCAUUGGACUUAACCAUUACACUGCCCAUUACGUAAAGAGCGACCCGAAUGGACCUCUUUUCUCGCGCUAUGGUGUCGAGACGCACGACGCCCAAGUCGCCAUUUUCAAUUCGAAGAAGGGCGUCCCCAUUGGACCGGAUGCAGGGUCGGCAUGGCUGCAAAUUGUGCCAUGGGGCAUAGAGAAAGUACUGGAGCGGUUCAAAGUUUUGUACAACAACCCCCUCAUCUUCAUUACAGAAAACGGUGUGGAUGAGGCCGAGGACCCUGGUGUGUCACUGGGAAGUAUGCUGCAAGAUCGCGUCCGCGUCCAGUUUUACCACGAUUAUCUCACUUACGUUAUCAGUGCCCUAAGAAACGGGUCCAACAUUGGGGGAUACUUCGCGUGGUCGUUGUUGGAUAACUUUGAGUGGCUGGAUGGUUUGAGUAAGCGCUUUGGGCUUUUCUACGUGGAUUACAAAAACGGCGGCAAGCGCUUGCCGAAAUCUUCUGUGGCCUGGUUUAAGCAGCUAUUGCGGAACCGGGACAGGAGUGAGCACUCUACGUGCUAAACCUUUGUGCGAAAAUAUGGACUGGGGUUCUUAACUACAGUCGGAAGUGCUUAACUUUCUUCACUUGGAGAAAAGUUGCUAAAUGUGUGAAUAUACCACUGAAAUGGUGUUUUAGUAAGGUUACGGGUUGACAAGUUUCACAGACGAGCAGUCAUAGGGUACUUGACAGAAGAUUUACUUGUGAACUAGAUAUAAAUUGAGGUUAAUAGUGUUACAUCGUCAAGUCCGCUUUUGAGGUUUAAGAUUUGUGAAUUAUUUGAUACUCGGUAAUGAACAAUAUCUCCCACAGAAC